AUGCCGCGGAUUUGCAGCCAGCGCGGUUGCAACAUCCAGCUCAGCCGCGCUCGCAUUGAGAACGGCUUGACCCGCUGUGCACGCCAUGGGCGGCAGCUGCAAUGCGGGAAUCCUGUGGCGCGGCGGGAUGUUCUUACUGCGCCCUGCACGGUGGUCCGUGGCCAACUAGGCCUUUGGGCCUGGGCCCUCGCUUGCGAGCGAACAGUGUUGAGCAGCUGGAGUGCAGCGCCGACUUUUUGGCUCCGCGAGCCCGGGAUGGGUGUGUUGGCAGCCGUGUACUUCUUCAGCUUCUGCGGCAGUACCAAGGCUACCCGGGCGGAGCCCACGCGCUGUCCAGCGAUGCGACACAUCCGCGCCAAUGCGCCUCCAGAGCUGCUCUUGCUGAAUGCGGCUUUAGCUCGACGUUUGUCACCGGAGGCUGCCGCAACUUUGGGCUGGCAGACCACGUGGAGCCCGGGCGGAGUGCUGCAGACAUUGGUGCAUUUUCAUGGGUCCCUCCUGAGCGAGAAUCACCACAUUUCCAUCAGGAACCAGGCAUCCCUCAAUGUUGCGACGAGGCUACCGCGGGAUCGUUUCACUUUCGUUUCCUGGGGCAGCACCGGCGCUAAGAACCUGGAUGUUGCCAGGCGUGGGGACGAUGCAUUCUGA